CCCGGCUACCAGCUUGCCACAACUGCCUGAGAUCUCCCAGGUGGCAGUUGCCUUGCCACUGAGACAGGCUCGUCACCAUGACCAAGCUCAGCACCCAAGUCAAAGGCUCCCUCAACACCACCAGUCCCGGGGUGCAGAUAUGGAGGAUCGAGGCCAUGCAGAUGGUGCCUGUCCCCUCCAGCACCUUCGGCAGCUUCUUUGAUGGCGACUGCUACAUCGUCUUGGCUAUCCACAAGACAGGCAGCACCUUGUCCUAUGACAUCCACUUCUGGAUCGGCCAGGCCUCAUCCCAGGAUGAGCAGGGGGCAGCCGCCAUCUACACCACACAGAUGGAUGACUUCCUCAAGGGCAAGGCUGUGCAACACCGUGAGGUCCAAGGCAAUGAGAGCGACACCUUCCGCGCCUACUUCAAGCAGGGUCUCGUGAUCCGGAAAGGGGGUGUGGCGUCUGGGAUGAAGCACGUGGAGACCAACUCCUAUGACGUCCAGCGGCUGCUGCACGUCAAGGGCAAGAGGAAUGUGGUGGCCGGAGAGGUGGAGAAGUCCUGGAAGAGUUUCAACCGCGGGGACGUUUUCCUCCUGGACCUGGGGAAGCUCAUCAUCCAGUGGAACGGGCCCGAGAGCAACCGCAUGGAGAGACUCAGGGGCAUGAACCUGGCUAAGGAGAUCCGUGACCAGGAACGAGGCGGGCGCACAUACGUGGCUGUGGUGGAUGGCGAGAGCGAGAAGGACUCACCGCAGCUGAUGGAGAUCAUGAACUACGUGCUGGGCCAGCGGCGGGAGCUCAAGGCCGCCAUCCCAGACAACUUGGUAGAGCCAGCACUCAAGGCCAACCUCAAGCUAUACCACUUGUCUGACUCAGAGGGAAAGCUGGUUGUCAGAGAGAUCACCACUCGGCCACUCACCCAAAACCUGCUCAACCACGAGGACUGCUACAUCCUGGACCAGGGCGGGUUGAAGAUCUUCGUGUGGAAGGGCAAGAAAGCCAAUGCCCAGGAGAAGAAGGAGGCCAUGAACCAGGCGCUGAACUUCAUCAAAGCGAAGCAGUACCCGCAGAGCACACAGGUGGAGGUGCAGAAUGACGGGGCCGAGUCCGCGGUCUUCCAACAGCUUUUCCAGAAGUGGACAGUGCCCAACCGCACCUCGGGCCUGGGCACGACCCACAGCGUGGGUUCUGUGGCCAAGGUGGAGCAGGUGAAGUUUGAUGCCAUGUCCAUGCAUGUCCAGCCCCAGGUGGCCGCCCAGCAGAAGAUGGUGGAUGAUGGCAGCGGGGACGUGCAGAUUUGGCGCAUCGAGGACCUGGAGAUGGUGCCCGUGGACCCCAAGUGGCGGGGCCACUUCUACGGGGGUGACUGCUACCUGCUGCUCUACACCUACCUCAUCGGGGAGAAGCAGCACUACCUGCUCUACAUCUGGCAGGGCGCCCAGGCCAGCCAGGAUGAGAUCGCAGCUUCGGCCUACCAGGCUGUCAACUUGGACCAGCAGUACAACGACGAGGCCGUCCAGAUCCGGGUCCCGAUGGGCAAGGAGCCACCGCACCUCAUGUCCAUCUUCAAGGGCCGCAUGGUGGUCUACCAGGGAGGCACCUCCCGGGCUAACAGUACUGAGCCCAUCCCCUCCACAAGGCUGUUCCAGGUCCGGGGGACCAAUGACAACAACACGAAGGCUUUCGAGGUCCCAGCCCGAGCUGCUUCCCUCAAUUCCAACGAUGUCUUCGUCCUGAAGACCCAGUCUUGCUGCUUCUUGUGGUGCGGGAAGGGCUGCAGCGGUGAUGAGCGGGAGAUGGCCAAGCUCGUGGCUGACACCAUCUCCCGGACGGAGAAGCAAGUGGUGGUGGAAGGACAGGAGCCCAGCAGCUUCUGGGUGGCCCUAGGCGGGAAGGCGCCCUACUCCAACAGCAAGAGACUGCAGGAGGAGACCCAGGUCAUCACACCCCGGCUCUUUGAAUGCUCCAACCAGACGGGGCGAUUCCUGGCCACAGAGAUCCCUGACUUCAGCCAGGAUGACUUGGAGGAGGACGACGUGUUCCUCCUGGACGUCUGGGAUCAGGUCUUCUUCUGGAUUGGGAAGCAAGCCAACGAGGAGGAGAAGAAAGCCACAGCUGUGACGGUGCAAGAGUACCUCAAGACCCACCCCAGUGGCCGAGACCCUCAGACGCCCAUCAUUGUGGUCAAGCAGGGCCACGAGCCCCCCACUUUCACUGGCUGGUUCCUGGCUUGGGACCCCUUCAAGUGGAGUAACACCAAGUCCUAUGAGGACGUGAAGGGGGAGCUUGGAAACCCUGGAGACUGGGAUCACAUCACCGCUGAGAUUACCAAUCCUAAAACAGACGUGUUCAACGCCAACAGCAGCCUCGAUUCUGGGCCUCUCCCCAUCUUCCCACUGGAGCAGUUGAUCAAUGUUCCUGUGGACGAGCUCCCUGAGGGUGUGGACCCCAGCAGGAAGGAGGAGCACCUGUCUGUUGAGGAUUUCACCAAGGCCCUGGGGAUGACUCCAGCUGCUUUCUCUGCCCUGCCUCGUUGGAAGCAACAGAACCUCAAGAAACAGAAAGGCCUCUUUUGAGGAGAGAGCAUGGCUGCGCUUGACUUCGAAGGAGCAUGAUACUCUGGGUGGUUUUUAUUUCAUGCAUUAGUCUUUCUGAUAAAUCAGUGAGAAUGUGCAGUUGUGAGUGGACGGUGGCAAUCCAUUGUUGUUUAGUGAUCCACUCACUACUCCUUCCUCCAGGAAGAUAGCGUCUCCAUCUGAAGAGCAGCCUUACAGAACUCAAGUUCUGAGAAGCCUUUCCUAGCUCUGUCUCUACCAUGAUUCAUGUUUAUCCACUGCUUACACACUGAAGCGUUUUGCAAUUUUACAAUCACCCCCACCCCCAAGUAUUGGCCUUUCUCUCUCGUGUGUAUUCUCCUACUGUCUUACUCAGCUUUUUGGAUGGCAAAUAGUUCUCUUGGGCACUGUGGUCCUUUGCCAUGUGUGUGACCCCGGCUCUAGCUUGAUCCCCACUGCACUCAGAUGCUUUGGUCUCUUCCAUCCACUUUGUGCCCCCUUCUCACUGUGAGGUUUCACAGUAAACAUUACCUUGUACCCAGUA